GUAAAACUGAAGGAAGAAGAAGGAUAAGACUUUGAACGCAAAGUGAUCGAUCACUGAAACAAACCAAAAAAAUGGCAGCUUUGAGUUCUUCCAUGACCAUCUCAUCGCUACAUUCACUUUCUCGAUACGAAAGUUGCUUCCUUUCAUCUCAAUUUUCAAAACCCUUGUUCAUAAACCCAUCUCAGAACAAACCCAGAUUCUCAAUUUCGUUUUGCCUCAAGCAAAGUGAUCGUGAUGAGAGGCAAAUUCAACAAGAACCUAGCAAAGAUGACGACGAAGAAGAAGAAGAGUAUUGGGUUGUUACAGCCGUGAGAAGCAGAUACAAUGAGAUUGUUAUAGUCGAUACUGUUUCUUCCAGAUAUCUUCUUCUUGAUUCAACUAAGAAUGUGCAUAGUGUUAUCAAUAAAGGAGGUCAAAAUUGGACUGGAUCUUAUUGGGAUGAGUUUGCGAGUUUGCCGCCUAUUAUCCCUAAUGGUCCCGUUGCAAUCUACGGCUUGGGUGGUGGAACAGCUGCAAGAUUGAUUCUUGAGUUGUGGCCUUCAUUGCAGCUUGAAGGUUGGGAAAUUGAUGAAAUUUUGAUUGAGAAAGCAAGGGACUAUCUUGGGUUGUCUGAGCUAGAGAAACCAACAUCAAAAGGCGGUAGACUUUGUGUCCAUGUAGAUGAUGCUCUCUCUCCUUCUCAAGAUGUUUCAGGAAGAUAUGCUGGGAUCAUUGUUGAUUUGUUUGCUGAUGGAAAGGUCUUAGAUCAGCUUCAACAGGUCCCUAUUUGGUUGGAUCUUGCUAGUAGGCUGAUGCCUAACGGUCGCAUUAUGGUGAAUUGUGCGGGAAUCGAAACAGAAUUGCAGAAUGGAAAGCCUCAGUUGUUGUUAGAUGAUUCAGCCGUGAUGUUGAAUUCCACUGUCAAGAUCUUGGCAGAAGCAUUUCCUGGACAAGUUUGCUGGAAGAGAACACCGGAUACACAAGGUCUCAACUUUCUAGCUUUAACCGGAGGCUUACCUGAUCUUAGUGACUGGUCUAAUAAAGUUCCAAUUCGUUUGAGCGAAGUAGUGAAGCAAUGGAAGCUUUGUGAGUAGACGAAGAAGCUGAAGUCUUUUUUUGUCAUUUUUAAUUAAGCGUAAUAAAUAAAUUAUUUAUUUUCAAUUUAAAUUUAUUUUUCACAA